AUGGAAUGUGUCGGCUUCUGCCCCGCGGGGAAGGUCAAGGUGGCCAUGAAUACAUAUAACCAUAGCUGUUACAACCGCGGUUACGAGUCCUACUGCUGUGAGCCGAGCUACUAUACGGAGACGACGCGACUCUCCGACGACAUUGCAGCCUUUCAAGAUGCUCUCGCAAGCUAUGGAGCCAAUCCCACAUGCUCGACGACUGCGACCCGAGAUCUGGUAGGUCGUGAUGACUCCCCCGUUCAGCAAGUGAAGUCAUUUCUGACGUCCUUCUUUCUAGCCUGUAACCUGGACGAGCUACAGCAGCUGAAGGGUAAGAUUCAAGUCUGGGAUGCAUGGGCGGUUACAACAAGUCGGGGGACGAAUCCUACGAGGACCUCGCUGGUGGGGUGGCCUGCGACCCAGCGCUCUGGAACACGUACCUCAAUGACGAUGGAGGCGAUGUCACAAUUUCUUGCGACUUUUGACCUGUGCGCAGGCGAUAAUUUUCUGUGCACUGAGGAAGGCUUCGACAACCAGAAUCUAAUCUCUGGCGGCGGCUCGGACGAACUAAAGCAAUGGCUUCAAUGGAAAGCACAGUCACGAUCAAUUUUUGGCGCCACGGAUAUCCUAGUAGUGGGAGACUGGAACACCGACGAUAGUAUUUAUGACGAGGCUCUGGACAAUGAGAAUGUGGAAGACUGUGAGGACUGUAAGAUCAAUAUUGAGUCCGUCGUUGUGGAGCAUAGCACGAAUUUCCACACUGAGCAUAUAAUUGAGCUGCAGAGUAUGUCUACAUUUUUCGCAUGGCUGGUCACUGAAAGCAGCUGCAACAUCGACUGUCAAUUCUUCCUUAAAUUCUUCAACAAAGAUGUCUUGAAGACCACAGCCAUGCCCGGGGGAUACAACUCGGGCGUCCCGUCGCUGCGGAUUAUGGAAGCCCUAGGUAGUUGGAGCAACACGAACCAGUUUCGUCUGCUAGAGAAGAGACUCAAUGGAAUCAAGGCAUCAUUGUGGUCAUUAGACAAUCUGAAAGCUCCUGACAAGUGGAAGGCGGCUUACGAAAGCGCUGCCCCUGACGAAGCAAUCACCAUCUUAAAAGGAGUGAUCACGGUUUUCAGCUAUUUGAAUUACCCCAGCGUGUGGGAACGACUCAAGGCCACCAACGCGCUGAUCCGACAGGAACUAGAAACGGCCCAGGACGCAUAUAACGACGCAACUGGGAGCCAGACAAAGAUUGCUGACUGCUGGGAUCAAUAGCUGGCGGACCAUCUGGCCAAGGUCUUACAGCACGGCAUCAACUGGA